AUGCAUAAUCCAAUAGAUACAAAUGAUCGCAAUCGAAAACUAAGUGAUUUGGGUGUGAAGUCGAAUCAGAUCAUUUAUGCUUAUGUUCAAGAGAGCCUUCAAAAGAAACAAACCGAUGUAUCUCAAUCAUCAUCGUCGUCGAUUAUCAAUCCGAACACAGUUUUCGUUCGUUGUCGUUUGCCAGACAAUCAGUCAAUAACGAUUCAAGCAUCAGUCACAGAUACGGUGGCGGAGCUAACAGCAAGUAUUGCAGCUCUUCGAAAAAAUCAGAUAAUGGCUCACUUUUCACUAUGGUCAGACAGUGUUACUAUUGACGAUCAGCAACCUGAUAAACGUUUGGCUGAUUUUGGCAUUCAACCUGGCAGUACAAUUUAUGCUUCUAUCACAGACAUUGCUCCCACUAAUUACACAAUUAAAACUAACAAAACUGACAGACCUUAUACAACAACACUUAAUUCUGACUUAGAUGCAAAACCUUUAGGUUUGAAUAACCUUGGUAAUACAUGUUUUAUGAAUAGUGUACUUCAAUGUCUGGUACAUAUCGAACCAUUAACUGAUUUUUUUAUGAAAGUUCUUACUCAAUCAUAUUCGACAGAUAGCCAUGUUAAUAAAUCGAAUCCAUUCGACACUUAUGGAGAAGUAACUAGAGCAUAUGCCGAACUAUUGUGGAAUUUACAAAAACCUGAUAGAAAUUCUUACUCGUAUUAUGAUUAUUCAUUUAGACCAACUCGUAUGAAAGAAACAAUCGGUCGACUUGAACCACGUUUUGCUACAUCGGAUCAACAAGAUGCUCAAGAAUUUAUGACACUUCUUCUUGAUACCAUUCAUCACGAAAUCAAACAAAAAAAUAAUCACGUUCGAGAUACAAUUAUCACAGAACUCUUUUUUAGUCCACUUCAAUCUUCUAUUACUUGUUCUCAAUGCCAACAUGUAAGCACUACAACAAAUCCAAAUAGUAUUCUUUCAUUACCACUUAAACCGUUAGAACGAACAUUUCAAGUGAAUUUUAUUAGAUUAAACGGGCAAAAUGAGUAUAAUAUGGUGCCUAUGUCUGUUGGUAAUCGUAUUGAACAUCUUGUACAUGCAUUUUUCGAGCGUCGUUAUGAUUCAAGACGCUUUCGUUAUGUUACCGCGAUCACUACUGAUUCAGAAGCAGCAGUUAACUUUGAUACAUCUCUCAGCAAACUAUCUGAACCAGCAAUAACACUUAUCGAGCAAGAUCAUUAUAAUGGUCGACUUACACCUUUGCGAUAUGAGAAUAAACCAACCACUCUGAAACUUGAUGAAUGUAUUCAAGAAUUUUUUUCACUCGAAAAUCUAGAUGAACCAUGGUUGUGUGAUCAAGAUAAUUGUAAACGAAAUGUAAUGGCAAGGAAACAACUUCAACUUCUGACUUUUCCACCUGUAUUGAUUAUUCAAUUGAAACGAUUUUCACAUGAAAACGGUCUUCGUCAAAAACUGGACAUAUUUGUUAAGUAUCCUAUAGAUGGAUUUGAUUUGGGUAAACUUUUGAAAUCAUCCGAGGAAGCUGUCUAUGAUCUUAUUGGUGUUUGUAAUCAUAUUGGAUCUAUUUCUUGUGGUCAUUAUACUGCAUAUGCACGAAAAAAUUCAAAAAGUGAAAAAUGGUAUAGAUUCAAUGAUUCUGAUGUAUCAACUGUGUAUUAUAGAGAAAAAAUCGUUUCUCAAGAUGCUUAUCUUCUUUUUUAUCUCAAACGACAGAAAUAA